UGCAGGUUGAUUUGUAUGGGAAGCCCAUCGCAUUGUACCAUGAUCAUAAAAUAUCUCACAUAACCAGCGGAGUCAAGAUUGGGAAAUAUCUCUAUUGUGGGACUCUCUUGCAUUCCCACAUUAUCCGACUCGAUCUCCUCAAAUAUCCUGCACGAUAGAAGAGGCUUUGAACUAUUAUAUUUACCAUCUUUUCUCUGCCAUACAUUGAUUGGAAACAGAGCCUGAUGUUGCAGGCCCAAAUCAUUAACAUAUCGGGUCUGCUGGUAAAGCCCAAAACAUAGGACCAGUGAAUGAAUACGUUACGUACCACGGAGCAAAUGGAUUCAAAGAUUCCUCGAGUCAUCGAUUGGUAUCUGCGAUUGCAACAUCAAUCAAAACGUGUUUCUCUACUAUCACUCAAAAUUUUUGGUGCUGCUCACUAUUCUCCACAAAGCCAAUCCUUUCUCCAAUGGCUAUAUUCUUCUUCUCCCCACGUUUUCUCUUCUUCUCCACCAUCAUCCCAUUCCUAGCUUCUAUCGCUCUCUACCGACUCGACACCUUUGACCCAGCUCCCCUUCCCGCUGAAGCAUUAGCCUACUCCACUAAUUCCAUCCCGCCGCUUCUCAACGACGGAUUACUCACCGGAGCCGAGUUUAUCGGUGCUGGUCUUCUCAAUAAUCCAGAGGAUAUAGCCUACCACAGAGACUCAGGCCUCAUCUAUACAGGCUGUGUAGAUGGAUGGGUGAAACGAGUCAAGGUCCUCGACUCAGCUAAUGACUCGGUCGUUGAGGAUUGGGUCAACACCGGCGGUAGACCGCUCGGAAUCGCUUUCGGACUCCACGGCGAGGUCAUCGUCGCAGACGCAUACAAGGGGUUGUUGAACAUAAGCAAUGACGGGAAGAAGACGGAAUUACUGACGGAUGAAGCAGAAGGAGUGAGAUUUAAGCUCACUGAUGCAGUCGCCGUUGGAGAUAACGGCGUUUUGUAUUUCACUGAUGCUUCUUACAAAUACAAUUUCCGUCAAGCCGCCUUUGACUUCUUGGAAGGCAAACCACAUGGUCGACUCAUGAGCUUUGACCCCACAACACGAACCACACGUGUCCUCCUCAGAGACCUCUACUUCGCCAAUGGCGUCUCUAUGUCUCCUGAUCAAUCCCAUCUCGUCUUCUGUGAAACCACAGUAAGAAGAUGUAGCAAGUAUUACAUCAAUGGAGGGCGUGUGGAGGUAUUCAUUCAAGACUUACCCGGUUAUCCAGAUAACAUCCGGUACGAUGGAGAUGGACAUUACUGGAUUGCAAUACCUUCGGGAGUAACAACGUUGUGGAAGCUCUCGAUGAAGUACCCUUUCUUGAGGAAACUCACAGUUAUGGCGGCUAAAUACGGUUUCGAACCUAUGUUUGCGGAGAAUGCUGGCGUUUUGCAGGUUGAUUUGGAUGGGAAGCCCAUUGCAUUGUACCAUGAUCGUAAAAUAUCUCACAUAACCACCGGAGUCAAGAUUGGGAGAUAUCUCUAUUGUGGGAGUCUGUUGCAUUCCCACAUUAUCCGACUCGAUCUCCUCAAGUAUCCUGCACAGUAGAAGAGGCUUUGAACAUCAAGUGUAUACACAAUAUAAAACUUUUUUACAUUUACUUGCAUUUCACAGUCACAAAAUGUAAAGCCAUUGUCCCUGAUAAAUACACAAGACUGGAACUUUU